AUUGCAUUUUUAAAUUUACGUCUUAAUCAAUAUGGCUGACACGUUAAAGGAGUUAGUUAGGAAACGUGGCAGUUUGAAAGCUAAAUUAACUUUGUUUAACACAUACAUUAAUGUGGCUAAAACGUGUGAACAAUUAAAUGGAGAUUGAAGCGUUAACUGAGAAACCCGACGAAGCAUAUGCGGAGCGGGAGCAGUUUGAAAGCCAGUUCUUUGUGUUGGUUUCGACUGCUCGACUUCUUUUGACUCCUACGGUGCAGUCGAGCGGCGGUCGGCCCGGGCCCGGGUCCGCGGCUUCCACGUCGAGCGGCGCCGGCCGGCAGGACUUCGUUCGUCUGCCCAAGAUUGAUCUGCCUCACUUCGAUGGGAACUAUCAGCAUUGGCUCGGCUUUAGAGAUACGUAUAUUUCACUUAUUCAUAAUAAUCCCGCUAUCAAUGACAUAAGCAAAUUUCACUAUCUUCGUGCAUCUUUAAAAAGCAGUGCCGCCCUUGUGAUUCAAAGUCUUGAUUUUAGCAGUGAUAACUAUUAUAAAGCGUGGCAGUUAGUUUCUGAGCGGUAUGAUAACCCGCGCCUUUUAAUUAACAAUCAUAUCCAGGCCCUGUUUAACCUUGAACCGAUGCAACACGAAUCGAGCUCUUUAUUACGUAACAUGGUGGACGUAACUAAUAAAAAUUUGCGUGCGCUUGGCACCUUAGGGGAGCCCACCGACCAUUGGGACACCUUAGUUAUCUAUAUAAUGUCUAAGAUGUUAGAUCUAGUAACUAAGCGUGAGUGGGAAGAGCACAGGAACCUUUUAACAGGCUCGCCGACGUUGCAGCAAUAUAUUAAAUUUUUAAAUAACAGGGCUGACUUACUCGAAUCUCUUGGUAAUAAUAACGUCAAUAAUAGCGGUUACAAGACAUCGAAACAUAAAUUGCAUUCACAUAACGAGCCACAAAAAACACAUAAUUAUCUUACAGCUACAAAAAACAAUGCUUAUCGCAAACCUAUUGUUUGCCCUUAUUGUAAACAAGAUCAUUUCUUAUUUAAUUGUGAAUCUUUUCGUAAAUUAGACAUUGAUAAUAGGAUAAAAAAUGUAAACGGUUACUCAGUAUGUAAGAAUUGUCUUAGGCCGGGACACUUAGAAAAGCAAUGUGUGUUAUCUCAUUGCAAAUACUGCAAACUUAAACAUAACACUCUUUUACAUAAACAUGUUGACAAAGAGUCUUCUAGCAGUGACGUUCCGGUGCCAGAUGUUCAUUUUAGCGGCAACAUUCAAACUAAAGUGUUUAGCCCUACUAAGACUUCCGGACUACUGUCCACAGCGUUGGUGCACGUGAGUGACGCGAAUGGAGUGCUUCGUGAGGCGCGUCUACUCCUGUACAACGGGUCUGCCACCAACUUCGUGACGCAGGAUCUGUGCGGGCAGCUUGGGUUAGCGACACGCAGCGUGGGAGCCACGAUCACAGGUAUCAAUGAGCAACUUUCACAUUGUCCGGAGUCUUGUGACAUUACAAUUCAUUCACUUCAUAGUAACUAUACGACGACCGUAAACUGCUACGUUGCCAACGUAAUAAAUACAUCUAUGCCGCCUUGUCGCAUAGAUCUUACCAACAUACCUAUUCCUGCCGACAUCACAUUGGCAGACCCAUCAUUUUAUGAGCCUUCCGCUAUCGAUAUUUUAGUCGGGGCGGAAAUAUUUUGGGACGUCUUAGGUACCGCGCGUAUUAAGUUAGGUAAAAAUAAACCUCAAUUACGCGAAUCAUCUUUAGGUUGGCUCGUGUGUGGCUCCAUACCUGCCUACAACAAAAACACAAACGAAUCUUAUUUUUGUUCGUUCAUCACACAUAAUGAUGACACUAAUCUCACUCGUUUUUGGGAAUUAGACUCGGUGUCUUCUACACAUUGCAUGUCUUAUGAAGAGCAAGCGUGCGAAAAAAGUUUUUUAGAAAAUACCAUUCGCGAUCAAGAUGGCCGCUUCGUUGUGACAUUACCUUUAAAAGAGUCACCGGAAGUACUUGGCGACUCAUAUCAAAUGGCCCAGCUCCGUUUCUUGGCAUUGGAGAAACGGCUCGCACGCGACGCUGCCUUCAAAACCUUAUAUUUUGAUUUUAUUCGCGAGUACAUCGACUUAGGUCAUAUGAGCGAAAAUCAAUCAUCAUCAUCAUCAUCUGCGCCAUCAGAAAAAGCAUUUUUCUUUCCACAUCAUGGAAUUUUGCGCUCUAGCACAACUACACGUUUAAGAGUCGUCUAUGACGGUUCGGCUUCCACGACUAGCGGCAAAUCCUUCAAUGACAUCCAAAUGGUUGGCCCGACUGUUCAGGAUGACCUUCUGUCAAUCUUAUUACGCUUCAGGCAACAUAAUCAAGGCUCUUCACUUGGAACUUGUCACAAGUCUAACGACAGAGUCGUUCCUUGCUGCUCUCCGCCGCUUCAUGAGUCGUCGGGGAAAGCCUCAAACUCUGUAUUGCGACAAUGGGACUUCCAGAAGACGAAGUGGCACACCUCAACGGACCAGCUGCAAGUUGGGACUAUGGUCUUAGUCAAGGACCGCGCACUUCCUCCUCUCCUGUGGCUGCUGGGACGCGUCACGAAGCUGUACCCGGGCACGGACAACGUCACCAGAGUCGCCGACAUACACACGAAGAAAGGAGUCAUCCUAGUGACUGUCGCUGCCGUUGCUAUUGGCGUAAUCGGCGUUGAUGCUGCCGUGCUAUACGCGACUGCUGGUGCCGUUGAAGUCGACGGAGAUGCAGUAUUUGGUGAUGGCGUCAAUGUUAACGCAGAAAAGCUACGCAUUGUGUCUUGCUCAGAGAAAGCGGUUGGUAGAGAGAGUGAAACACUUUCACUGAUUGAGGAGCUCAGUGGCACCCGAGCCUUUAAUAACAUCAGCUAUGCGGAUGACAUGGUGUUGCUGAGCCCCUCGGUUUGCGCACUUAAGACUUUGUUGAAGAUUUGUGAGAGCUAUGCGGUGGUCCACGGCCUCAUGUAUAAUGCUGAUAAAACUGAGCUACUAAUUUUUAAAGCUGGCACAAAAACCUAUAACAUAGUACCACCUAUCGAAUUAGGAGGCGUGCAGUUCAAAUUGGUAACUCAGUUUAAGUACCUGGGCCAUUGGGUCACCGCCUCACAAAACGACGACCUGGACCUGGAGAGGAAGCGCAGGGCACUACUUAUCAGUGAGAACCUGUGGGUCAACUACACAAAGAAAGCUUUUAGCGCCCUGCGUGUCCUCUAUAAUAACUCGUUCAGGAUGCUGAUGGGGCUGCCGCGCUACUGCAGUGCAUCGGGGAUGUUCGAGGGAGCACGCACGGACGACUUCCAUUCAAUAAUGCGUAAGCGAGUCGCAUCCCUAAUGCGAUGCGUGCGCGGCAGUGCCAACACUAUGUAG